GUAAUUAGGCGCUGCGCUUGUUUUGUGUCGGACUUUCAAGUUGAAAUGACGUUUGAUUGGUUAAAACAUUGUAACUGUGGAUCAGGCAUGCUUCAUAUCUGUUUGAGUAAUCUUCCAAUGUUAUUUAGUAGAUUUGACUCAGCUUGCCAACAACGCUCUAUCCUUAAUUAACGUCGAACCUUACAUUCAGAGUAUUCAUGAAAUUACACCUGCUUUCGUCUUUGACUUAGCAGUUGUCUUAUUUGGUAGUGACAUUCUGCCUCGUCGUGGUCGCGCUGAGACCGAAUGUGUAGAAAACUUCGAGGCUAUUGUGUUCAAAUUGUCUGAAGAAAUAGGAGUGGACUUGGAUCACAUUGUACCAGAAGACCUUAUGGUUGGAGAACCCAGAGCACUAUCGGAUUUUCUUGUCCUGCUAACCGCAUUUAUUGCCUACUGUCAUGAAUCGAACCUUCUGGAGCUCCAAAUAUCAGCGAAUGAGUCUUCCUUUGAGUGUUCAGGCCGCUUGAAUACUAACUCAAAAGUAAAUUCAAAGAAAAAGGAAUUACUAGAAUGCCAGUUGUCUACUUCUCCUGAAUUACCACGUCAUAGUGUGACUUGUGCACCCAUGUUUUCUACAUCCUUUCACCAAUCUGAUCGGUCUGUUGAUCAAAGUACACCAGUGAAGCGGACUCCAGCAUCUUUCCAAACUAGAAACCCUUAUCCACCCGUUGAUAAUGUCAAUUCAUUACUACAAAAAUCAAAUUUAUUUGCAGUCCAAUCGGAGAACGUGAAACCAAGUUAUCCUGUUGCUUCGUGUCUUUCCAAUUUCUUAGAGGUACAUACAGACACUUCACCUCCAGCAACACCAAAUGCAAUGAAUGGAUAUCUAGAAAUCGUACAUUCUAAUUUAUCCGAUGCAGAUAUUUUACCUAGUUUAGAGAAUUCUGUGAAUAUGCAACAAUUUAUGCCUAGUUCUCCAGUUGAUGAAUUUAAGAAAUUAAAAGAUUCUGGCUCUCAUUUGACACGUUCACCUAAUAAGGAAUAUUUUGGAAGUAGAAAUUUUAUUUCCGCAGAAUCUACUGUGUUGGAUGAUCAGUCGUCAUUACAUGAACAUAAAGUGAAUCUUUCUACAUCCUCAAAUAAUAUCAAUAACAGAAGUGUUUCAUCCUCUGUUGAAUUAAUUCAUAAGUCAAUUAGUGAUAAACAUGAUAGUUCAAGUAGUGGUCGUGGUCGUAGUUUAACAGUUACACAAACAGUUCCUUUUCAAUCUAAUACAUCACCUCCUUCAAGUCUUCUUGAAUUACAUACUUUUCCAAAUUCACGUAAUACAACUCAUAAUUAUCCUAUAGAGCAUAAUAAUUCCUAUCCUUCUCAGAAAUCUUUAAACAAACUUGUAUCUAAUGAGAAAAUCAAUAAUAGUUAUGAUUCUAUUCAUACAAGUAGUAUAUUAGCUUGGAAUGAGGAGAAUAUUAAAUAUAAUAAGAAAAUAAAUAAAAAUGAAUUACAUGAUGGAUCAUUAGAUGAAUUAACUUCACUUUUAUCAACUAGUUUAAUAUCUGAUACAGAAAAAGUUUCAAAUGAAAUAUCUGGUCAUUGUCCAACUACUUCGGAUAUUUUAACUGAAAUUAAUGACUUCGCUUGUAUACUUGAAAAACGAUUAAAUUAUUUAAGGUCUAUUUAUUUUCGUGCACAUUCGGAAGCUGAAGCAUUGGCUGGUUUAGUUCAAUUGGUCACAUCAAAAAGUUUAAAUAUUAUUGAACCUAUGAACAACAGUCAAGUAAAUGACAACAACAAUAAUAGUAUAUUAAAAAAUAAUCCACUUAAUGUGCAUGAGAACCAUUUGCAUUUAGAGUCUUUAUUAGUUAAAGCAAUUGAUCGUAUCGAUCAACUACUGGAAAAAUACAUUACUCCUUGUUCAGAAGUAAUUCAAAAUACUCAUAGCAAUUGUAUGAAUUCUGCAAUAUGUUUACAUCAUAAAUCAAAAAAAGUUGACAACUUUCCGACAAAUCAAACUUACUUUCAUUCAAAGAAUUCAUCUAAGUUCAGUUCUUUGUAUGAUGAUAGCUAUUCGGAUGUAGAGUUGAAAAAGUUAUUGGAUCUCAAACAUGAAUAUAUGAUGAAAGCCUUCCAUUUAUGCUUAGAUCAACUUCGUUUAUUGAAUGAAUAAUUCUAUUGUUGCUUCAUAUAAUGACUCUCUAAUGUAUCUUUUAUUCUUUAUUAUUACAAUUAUUGUCUCCAGUAUUAAUCAUGGUUAUUAUGUUUGAUAAGUCAUUAUAAUCUGUUGGUGUAUUUUAAGAGGUAGUAUUUAGCCAAUCUCUUCUAUCACUUCUUUAUACUCGUUUUAAUUUACUGUUAUUAUGAUUAAGAUCUACCAUUUCUUUACAUCUCAGAUAUUAACUACCUUCAGAUAUUCUGUGUAUUAUGUUCUCAUGCAAUUGUUGUUUACUUACUUUCUUUCUUUUGUUUUCAAAAUGUUGUUGUCAUGUUUGAUUUGAUUCAGAUAUGAUGUUGUAUACGUACACAAAUCUUUUAUCUUUACAGUUAUGAAUGUUUAGACCUUUUAAGAUGUUUUUCACACUAGCAAGGUACGUUUAAAAGUUUAAACAUACAAUUUAUUCUCUAAUUUGAUUAAUGUUUAUCCUAUAAUUGUUUAUCUCUUUAUUCAACCAUCAAUCCUAACGACCGUGCAACUGACCACACAUGUUUCUUCCUGAAAUACUAAUAGAAUCAAGAUUCCGUUAAGUUUUUAUCAAAAUAUCAGUCUUGGUAUUGGAUACAUCAUAGUAUCACAAGUAUUCGAAUUAUAAUUGACUGCCUUGUUACCAUCUAAUCAAUGAUAAUAAUAAUAAUCACUUUAUCCAUUUUAAGAAUGACCAUAUUAGGUAAAUUUCAAAUUAACGAUAUCUCAACUUUACCAAAAAAUUAACUUUUCAGAUAUUAUCACUGUUAGCUACAAGGAAGGGAAGCGUGAAAUGUACUUAACUAAAAUUGACUGUUCAGUAUUCUGGUCAAAAUGUACAUUUAAGUAGAAACUACUGUAUCCAACUGAGUUAAUUUGAUUUUAACCAUCUUAAGUUGUCCAGACCAAAAUAUACUAAUCAAGACUUUGGAUAACGAUUCAAUCACUAAAAAAUUGAUUACUUGUAUCACUUGGUCGUAAUUCUGUACAUAUUUCGAUCCGUUGUUAUUAGUUCUUCAACUAACGUAGCCGACGUUUGAUUUUCUCACGAAAUGAGGGUGACUUAUUUGCUAUGUUAAAUUCAUAAAAUUUAAUUGGUCUGGGAUAUUUGGAACAAGUCACUGAUAAUUCCUAGACCUAGGUGUUGUUUUCGUUUACACUUGUGAUGAAAGCUACCUUAAAUUAAUACUUUAUUGUUUUCACCCUGCAAAUGUAGACUUUCUCUCCAUACUACGUAAGCUGUUUUAGUAGUCUGUACGAGAACAAAUGAGAAUGGUUUGUGUUUUUGUAGUGAUAAAAAAAUAGAACGUAGUUUUCAUUUCUCUCCAUUUACUAAUCGAAAUUUCCAACCUGGCUGUAGUACAUUCUCGAAAAAUCGACAUAAUGCUCAACCAUUUAUUUCGGUUUUCUGUACAUUACUAUUAACUUAUUAAUUGAUGAUAAGUAAAUUACAACUAACAAUUUUUCAAUU